UGGCCAACAGUGAACCAGUGGGACACAGUGACCCACCACUCAUAUCUCGUAAACGCGACGUUGCCAUUCCGUGCUACGAACAUGUUUAAACCUGUUUGUAGCCACGAUAGUUAUUCCCCAGUUCGACGGCGCGCUUCCGCCGAAAACAGUCGCGCUGUGAGGUGUUUUGUGUUUCGCGCCAAAAAAAGUUGAAAGGCAUAAUGGGUCGAACAAAGAAGCUAGAAAGAAAAAUUGGGGGACAUAGUGCACAAGAUAUGCAGAAAGCUAUCCAACUUGUAAAAGAUGGUAGGAGCAUUCACAAGGCUGCGGUUGAAUGUAAUUUAAAAUAUUCUACACUCAGAAGAUAUGUGAAAAGGCACGAAUUAAAUGACGAAGCAGGAUUUGUUCCAAAUUACGAAGUGAAUGCGGUGUUCACACAUGAACAGGAAACAAUUUUAAAAAACUAUAUCAGCGAAUGCGCCCUUAUGUUCUAUGGGCUUACUGCAAAAGACACUCGGCAAUUGGCAUAUCAAGUGGCGACGGCCAAUAACCUUAAGGUUCCGCCCUCUUGGGUGAAAAACAAAAUAGCUGGAGUUGAUUGGUUGAGGUCUUUUAAAAAACGACACAGUGAGUUAAGCUUAAGAAAGCCCGAAGCAUGCAGCUUGGCACGGGCUACCGCGUUCAAUAAAUCGAUUUUUUGCGAACUUAAAAAUAGCCAUGGAGCGAUACCCAGGAUUUGGGAACGGAACUCGUCUUUACAAUCUCGACGAAACUUCAACUACAACGGUGCAACGCCCGCAGAAAGUCUUAGCACCAAAGAGAAGCAAUGUUUGUAAAGUUACAAGUGGUGAAAGGGGCGUAUUAGUAACCACGUGCUGUAUAGUUUCCGCAUCCGGCCAGGCUUUGCCUCCAGCCAUGGUUUUUCCCAGGAAAAACUUUAAAUCGCAUAUGCUUCAUGAUGCGCCUCCUGGCACACUUGGUCUAGCUGCGUCUACUGGCUGGAUGAAUGCAGAGAUAUUCGUAGAAGUUAUGCAGCAUUUUGUAAAACACACCUGUGCAUCAAAACAAAAUCCCGCCCUGUUAAUACUUGAUAAUCACGAAAGCCACCUUUCACUGGAAGCUCUUGACCUUGCUAAAUCUUCUGGAGUUACAAUUCUUACUGUCCCACCGCACACUACUGCAAAACUUCAGCCCUUAGACGUUGGCCUAAAUGGACCCUUUAAAACUUAUUAUAACGCCGCGGUCGAUUCGUGGCUGCUUCAAAAUCCAGGCCAAACACUUACUAUCUACCACAUAGCUAAGUGUGUAGGAGAGGCAUAUCUGAAGGCAAUGACGCCAAUAAAUAUCACCAACGCCUUUAAGAAAUGUGGGAUCUUUCCAUAUGACAAUUCCGUUUUUACAGAAGAGGAUUUUUUGCCGAGCUCAGUCACUGACAGACCAGAACCAGACAAGGAAAACAAUUCUACAACAGACAUAGAAGACGAAAUAAAUGAGCCAAUCUCACCUUCAAUUUUAUUAUCAAUACCAUCACAAGAAAUUGAAGAAGCCAUUGAAGUUCGAGCUUCAUCGGUGAUAACCAUUGUUAAUAAUAAUCCACAACCGGAAGCGGAUGCAAACAUUAAAGAAGUGCUAUCCCAACAAAUUCCAAAAGAAAUCUUGGGACCCCAAGCCUCAACUUUUAAAGAUGUAAAAUGUUUUAUAACACCAAAAAUGUUAAGAGAUCCUCUGAAAGCAGGACCUCGACAGAACAAAAGACGCAGGCCUUUGGGGAAAAGCAUGAUAGCUACUGAUACCCCUGAAAAGGAUAGAAUAGCAGAAAAGAGAAAUAAACAAGUGAAGAAAGUAAAGAAAAGUGACCUGUUCAAAGAAAAAAAACCGAAUAAAAUACAAAAAGUAAGAAAACCAGUAAAAGUAGAAAAAAUAACAAAUUAUGAUACCAGUAGUACUGAAGAAACUUUUAAUAUGAGCGGCUCUUCUUCUGGAGGGACCUACUUUAUUAGUGACAGUGAAGACGAUGAAAUGAUACUGGACGAUGAAGUUAUUUCGCAACCUCUACUAAGAAACCCGAAUGUGGGUGAUUUUGUUAUUAUUUUAAUAGAAACAGAAAAGAAGAAGAAAUAUUAUUAUGUUGGAAAAAUUCUAGAAGAGUCUAAUGAACCAGGCUAUGACUAUUAUGUCUCCUAUUUAAAAUUGAAGAGCAAAGUUUACUACAAAUUCGCUGAGCCUCUUGAACCAGAUAUGGCCAGGGUCACGAAGAAUGAUAUUAAAUUUAUAUUGCCUACCCCCAAAAUCGAUGGUAGUAGCCGUCGCCAAACAACAUAUAAAUUUGCAGUUAACCUAGCACUAUUGAACUUUCCAUAUUGAUUUUGUCACCCUCAGCAUUGCUUUAGUUUUUUGUUAAUUAUUUUCUUUUAGAAUAAAAAGUUUUAUAUUGAUUAAAAUAAUUGAAGACUGUUUAAAAUUAAGUUUAUUUUACGAUGGAUCUCAUAGAGUAAGUUUUAUAAUAAUUAUUAGAACUUGCUCAAGUCUAAAAAACUCGUUGAUUGUUAUAAUUUUAUUUGAUAUUGUUAUAAAUAAAACUAAUGUUGACUACAAAAAUCUAAAUAAGAAGAAAUAAAUAAAAAUAUGACACUUUAUACUUUUAUAACGCCUACUUUGUAUACCCUUAUAGUGUUAGACACUUUGGUGAAUAAAGUUCAUUUCAUAUUGUCA